CGACCGCCUGCGGGCCGUCGGCAACCAGGAGGCGCUCGCCGACCCCUUCUUCGACCGCGUGCUCGAGGAUCACUACUAACGCCUCCUGCCAAGCUACUACAUGGACCUCGACGUGAGCAUGGGAGCCAGUGAUCCCCCACAAUUACCGUUUUGAUUUGGAGCCAGAGGUUUGUCAUGCUGAAGGUACUUCGCAUGGAAGCAGAGGAGCAUGAUAAUACAGUAAGCGGCAGUGUGCAGGGAAGAUUUCAUGAGUUUAAUGGAUGGAUGAAUUUACCCUUAGGAAUCGGGCGUGGAAGACGGGGCGGUUGUCGGGGUCGGCGCACUUGGCGAGGAUCCGGCGGUGGAGCAGCACGUCCUCCGCCUUGUUCACCAGCGUUCCUGAUUGAACUCAACUAACACUAUGCAGCUGGUUCUCAGCUUGAUUGAAGACAGAAAACAAUUGGCACUCGAACUAUCUUCACAGAUUAAGGCACGUCUUACAGAAAGGUUUGCAGCCAAAGAGCAAUAUAAGCAAUCCAAGGAGCUUGAUAGGCUGAUUAGGCGGCCGGCGUGCUCGCUUGGGGCGUCGGACCAAGCACGGCAGCAUCGGCGGCACCGUCGUGGGUCUGGUGUCGAUGCUCACCACCAGCACUGGCUGCAAGAUGGUCGCGUUGCUCGGGCACCACAGCGGCAGCAUCCUCCGGCUGCAAGAUGGUCGCGCUGCUCAGGUGGCACAACAGAAGGAGGGCCCGGGCGCCGCUGGCGUUCCUCAUCAUACUGCCCGUGCUGGCGGGUGCGUUGCACACGGAGGUGGUCGCGUGAAGACUGGAGAUGCAUCCUGCCACUCUGAUGACGUUAGCUUGGAAGAACUGGAGGUGACUUUUGCUCCCUCAUCCAUGGGUGGAAUUUUCUGUGAGCGAAUCCGCAUAUCUAAAAUGCCAAGGAAUGUUUCUACCGGUUUGUGCCAAUGUGAGAUGGGUGAAUGGCAAGCUCUGCACGGUGGCACGUGGAAUGCUGUGAAGUCUCCCUACAACAGCAGAUAUGUUGAUGUGAAACUUGCUCAUAAGAAAUAUGUUGUCUUCAGCCUUUCCAUUCAGGAAGAGCUUCAGAAGUGGCGUUUAGCUUGCCUUGGUAUUGGAUUUGUUCUGCUAUUCCUGUCACCCAUCGUUAGUAAAUGGGCACCUUUUUACUAUAGCAGCUCUAUGGCUCUUGGAAUCCUACUUGUGGUGCUGAUUGUCCUUUUCGAGAUAUUGUUUUAGUCAAAUACCUGUAUAUGAUUCUCUUGAUAAAAUUUCAUUACUAAAAGAAGUGAAAUGAAAUUAAUGCAUUAUGUUAGGGUGCCGAAGCUCGCUAGCGGCAUUCCGGUCGCCGUAGUGCGUCGGCGGUGGGGGCAUGGAGGAGUUACAGAGGGACGGCGAGGCGGCAAAGGGCUGGUGCCGGAGCCCUCUAGCGGCAUCCCGAUCGUCGUAGUGCACCGGGCGUGGGGGCAUGGAGGAGUUGCGGCGGUGGCAAGGGCCGAAGCCUUCACCGAGGGAUGGCGAGGCAGUUGAGGAGGCGGCAGAGGGCUGGUGCCGGUGCUCGCUGGUAUAGUCCUUCACAGGGGGACGACGAGGCAGCGGAAUCCGCAUGGAUGGAUGGCCACGAUGCUCCCAAUGAACCUGUUGGUGGUGAAAACACAUAUAUCGUUGUCUUCAUUUCUGCUGGGACAUGUGGACAGCGGCGACGGGGCAGUGGGGAGAGCAGGCAACAUAAAUAUUAGGGCCUUGAGAAAAAAAAACUUCCAUGGACCGAGUUCCCCCAUAAAAACAAUUGUUGAUGAACUAAAUGAAAAGGAUUUCUCAAUAUGAAA